GCGGAGCAUUCUUUCUGGAAAGACAGCCGCUGGACAAGCUCAGAUGCAAAGCAAACCAGCCGCCAAAACGUCACGGGAUGCAAAAGAGGAGCUCAAUAGGAUUGUUUCCCGCCUUCGGGCUUUCUUGCGAUAAUCUGGAUACCCUCAGCGGUGGCAGGAUGACGUCGUCAGAUAAGGACGGGGGGAGCCAGGGGCCUCAGCCGACCACUUCCGGACAGCAGGAGGCGCGCUCUCCCUGCGCCGCGUGCAAGUUCUUGCGGAGGAAGUGCACGGACGAGUGCCUAUUUGCACCACACUUCCCGCAGUCCGAGAAGGAGAAGUUCCAGAGCCUGCACAGGUGCUAUGGUGCGGCCAACAUCAUCAAACUGUUGUCAGGUCUUCCCAAGGACCUGCGAGGGGACGCACUGCAGAGCCUGGCAUAUGAGGCGCAAGCAAGAAUCGUGGACCCUGUCUAUGGCUGUGUGGGCGCGGUUGCCAUCCUCCAGAGACAGAAUGAGAAGCUCAAAACAGAGUUGGCCCAAGAACGUGCCAGUGUGGCCAAGCUCACUCAGAUGCGCUCCCAGUCUCCCUCCUCCUCUCAGCAGACCAAGCGGUCCAGAACACCCCCGCUGGUUUGUCAGAGCAGCUUGAACAGCUUGGCUGCCCCGACGCCCGUCCACCCGAUGGCCCUCGUGACGUCCAGAUUCGCCCCGCAGAUUCCGAACUCUACACUUGAGUUUCUGUUGGCAGAGCUUACCCGGACCCAUUCCCCGACCCCUGAGGUUGGUUCUCCCACUUCGGCCCAGACCACCAACUCCCCGAGCUCCUAUACCUUCGACUCCAGCUCGACUCUCGAGACCAACGCCGUUCUCGACUUCGAUCCCUUCGACAUCCCCGCAAGCGCCAAGCGAGCCCGGUUGGCACCUACCGGGGGCGCCGCUCCCCUCCCAGCGGGGCUUGCCAAGCUGGAAAGCGACCGAUUUGACAUGCGGUUCGGGUCCCCGAUCGGGCCCCUGGAGAUGAGCGUGUUCCGGGCGGAGUAUUCCUAAGGUUCCUAAGUGAGAACCAAACGGAGACAAGAAAGGAACGUUGACAAAACGGAACGGAUUGGGUUCAACAUAUACCAAGCAUUGGUUGGCCCACAUCGGGCCAUCAGGAGGCAUAGGUGAUCAGGCCAGCCUCCGCAAUUUGAUUGGAUACCAGCGUGCACGACAUUCGUGCGCUUUUAGGUAAGAUAUGACGAGUUGGAAAACGACGAAAAACACUAGCGUAAGGCUCCAAGGCUCAAGCAUAAGCUUUAGCUGGCUUGUGUCUCCUUGUAAUUGAUUGACGCUGCGUUUCAGCGGAACAGCGACUAAGUUGGAGGUUGCAGAAUCAGCAACCAUUUAAGGUGAUUGUGGAUCGGAUAGAAAGUUGCCUCGUGACUUGUUGCCAAGGCGAGGUUUGGGCCGUAUGGAAGGUCCAGAUAGUGUACCAUAGCGAUAAGUAUAGGAAGUCUUCUUUUUGACAAUGAUUGUGUUUGAAGUCUGCGCCUCUGGUGUGUGACCGGGGGCUCGAAGUAUGAUUCAAAACACUAUUCAAAGUGCAUGGUUGU